AUGAGUGCCUCGUCAUUAUCUUCUAUGGCUUGUCUGAAUAUGGUCACAUCUAUAGACUUGGCCAAUAAAGCUUGUUUAACAGCUUGCACAGAAAAGCAUUGUGUAAGUGGUGAAUGCUCUAUGGUUGAAGGAAAGCCAACUUGUACUUGUGGUGAAUGUUCUCCUGCAGAUGAUCUUCUGGAAAAAGUGACUCACGAAAUACCACUUUGGGCAUAA